GGGGCACUGUGGUUGCUCCCGACCUCUCUGACCCCCACCCCGCUUUGGUUUGUAGAUUGGCUCCUAUUUCGGGUCAGUUCUGUGCUCAGUGGAUGUGGACGGGGAUGGGGACACGGACGUGCUCCUAGUGGGGGCCCCCCUGUACUAUGAGGACAGGAGUGGGGGCAGGGUCCACAUCUAUCGCUGGGACCAGGCCAGGCUCACCAACACUGCGGUGCUCCAGGGAGCCCUGGGGAACCCGCUGGGCCGCUUCGGUGCAGCCAUCACUGCCCUGGCUGACCUGAACGGGGACGGCUGGGCUGAUGUCGCCGUGGGGGCACCGCUGGAGAGCGCGGAGCGCGGCGCUGUCUAUAUAUACAACGGCCACCAGAGGGAGCUCAACACACACUACAGCCAGAGAAUUGAGGGCGCAACAGUCUCUCCUGGUGUGAAAUACUUUGGCCAAUCCAUUCAUGGACAGAUGGACCUCAAUGGGGACGGGCUACCAGACCUCAGCGUUGGGGCUCUAGGAGAGGUGAUCAUGCUGAGUCCCCGGCCCGUCUUGACGGUGGUCCCCAGGAUGUCGUUCUCGCCAGAGGAAAUCCCGGUAAAGCAGGUGGAGUGUUCAGGGAGUGUUUCAUCCCGGCAGGAUGUUCAGAGUAACCUCACCGUCUGCUUCAGUGCCAGCCGAGCCACCACGCGCUACCAAGAGCCUCUCUCUGCCAACCUCACCUACUGGCUGGAGAUUGACGCCAAUCGCAUGAGGAGCCGAGGAGUGUUCGGGAACGGGCAGAGGAACACGUCUGGGACCAUGGAGAUCUCGGAGCAGGAGCUCUGCAUAGCAGAGAUGAUCCAGAUAUCAAACUGCCUCGAGGAUUACGUCACUGAAAUCAAGGUCUCGCUGCGCUUUGCCCUCCAAGAGGACGAUGGCCCCAGCAGGACCCCACGUCCGGUGCUGAACCCGUUGUACAAAUCGUCAGCGACAGAGAUCCCCUUUGAGAAGAACUGUGGGGAGGAUGGGGUGUGUAACGCUGACCUGCAAAUCCGCUUCCACCAGAAUACGUCGCAGCAGCUGUUGGUGUCGCCCUCCACCAGGCUGGCGGUGGUGCUGGAGCUCGCCAAUGGCGGGGAAGAUGCUUACCACACAGCUGUCCACCUGCCCCAACUGCCAGGACUGUCCUUCCGCAAGGCCUCAGUGCUGGAGUCCAGUGUCCAGGCCAGAGUGAGUUGCAAUGGCCUGGAGACUCCAGACACUAACUCCAGGAACCUCUCCUGUAACGUCAGCCACCCGAUCUACUGGGGGAACAGCCGGGUUCUGAUCCAGCUGCUGUUUGACAUUCUCACCAACAGUUCCUGGGGGGACUAUUUGGAGCUGGACGUCAUGGCCAGCAGUGACAAUGACAUGAACGGGACCCUUGCGGAUAACAGACACUCUCAUAGGAUCCCAGUCCUAUACCCCAUAAACAUCAUCGCCAAGGGAAUGGAUGGGUCCACCCAGUACGUCAGCUUCAGCUCCAGCUCCCCGAACUCAGAGAACAAGUCCGUGCAGCACAUGUACCAGGUGGAGAACCUGCUGCCUGGGAGUUUCCAACAGCCAGAGGUGACGGCAUUUGUGAUGGUGCCGCAGGAGUUCCCGCCUGGGCUAGCCUGGGACUGGCAGGAAGUGAAGACAGACCCCAAGGUGACCUGCCGUCUUGUUGCCACGUCCAAGAAAACAAACGAGGCAGACGCCAUCGGCAUCCCCUCCCACACUCUCAAGCACUGCUCACCCAGAGACUGGAAAAUCUGCGAGUGCAACCUGGGCCGGAUAGACGCCCACUCCACCAUCACCAUCACCGGGACAUUGUCAGUUACCGACAAAAUUGAGACCUCCUCCCGGUUCCGGUUCUGCACUGCCCUGUGGUUCACCUUCAACACCAGCAAAUAUGUCAGCCAAUACAGCGACGAAUUCACGCAAUUCCAGGUCACCACGGAGGUGGAGCUGGUGCACGUGAUGAAUUACCUCCCCGUAUACGUAGGCAGCGGGGUAGGGGGGCUGUUUCUACUGAUCCUGAUCAGUGUCGUCCUGUACAAGUGUGGUUUCUUCAAGCGGAAUUACAAGGACAUGACGGACCAUGAGCCGGCGGCUGGGAACGGGGCGGCACCUGCAGAGGCCAGCAUGGAGGAAAAGGCAGGGGAAGACUGUAAGGAGGCACUCACCACAGAUGCUCCCAGUGAAUGACCGGACCCUCCCUCCCCCCGGACCAUGGAUUCGAGACCUCCUUCUCUACCCUCCAUCCCCACCUGCCCCUAGGACUGGCUCACGCUCAGCCAGGGCCCUGCACUCGCCAGCGCCCCCCACUGGCCCAAAGGAGCAUCGCAGCAGCUGUGCUUUUGCAGACUCAUGUCUAUCCCUGUCCUCGUGGUGCGGUGUGUGUGUGUGACUCCAUCCUCUCCUGGUGGAACAGGUGUCCCCAGGACCUGAGCCCUCCUCGCCGGCAGCCACAGCACAGAGACUGUGGGCUGGACGGUCCCUGGAUACCAAGCUCCACUCUCCCCCAGGCUAAGGCAAGGCACGGGGGCAGCGUGUGUUGGGGAGCUCCCCCCGCGCUCAGGGAAGGACGUCAUUUCUCCAGGCCUCCCGGCCAGCGCCUCUCCUCAGCAGCCACCCCAUCCACCUCGGCCACGAAGAGGGGACAAAAAUCCCAGUGAGAUGUGAACAGCAUCUGCACUCCGGUGAGCAGCACGUCCCCGGAUUAACGCCGUGCUCACCGAGGGCCUGGGACGGUGCUGCUGGGGAGCCAGAUGGGGCAUGUGAUAAAGCAUUUGUGGAGCCAGAUCAGGUUAAACAGGUGACUGGGGAAAUGGCUUGAAUAGUGACUGUUUCCUAUGAAGCUGGGCCCAGCCCCUACACUAGUGAACUCUCCGUUCCUGGAGCGGACUAGAAUGCUCAUCUAUUUAUCUAGCGCAAUCCUACUCACGCCCUUACCGCUGUAUCUGUAUUCUGUGAGUGUGCUACGCUGUCUGCUGAUGCUUCCAGCGCGCCGUGGAAUUUCGCUUUCCCUGUUAUUUGCUUGAGGGGGCUCUUGCUCUCCCAGACGCCGGGGCCUCUGAGUAGAGAGGUGAUUUUACCUCUGUAUUCGGCUCUGGAGCGACCACAGCUGGCAGCCGGUGCCCACAAUGCCAGAAGGAUGUUGAUAAAUUGAAGAGGGUUAAAAGAAGAGCUACGAGAAUGAUUAAAGGAUUUGAAAACCUG